AUGGCAAAGAUAGAAGAGGGAACGAAAAAUUUUAUUCGACGAGCUGUUAUUACAACAGAUACGCAGAAAGGUGUCACGGAAUACUUCUUGUCGAAGCAAGAAGAUUGUAAUAUUAAAAAGUAUCCUGAGUGGGAUAAGCCAAGAGUUUACCCGGCAUUAGAGGUAGUCAGAGCACGUUGUGAGUUAACAAAAGCUGAGGAGAUAUUACGCGCGAAAUGGGUCGAACAAGAGAAAAGACGGAAGCUAAUGGACGAGCAAUGGAACAAUAUGAAGCGUCAGGAACUGGUCUUCCGAGAAUCGUUUAUAAAGUUCAAUAGAUUCGUGAGGGAAAAUCAGGAAAAGCGUGAUCGUGCGGAGGUUAAAAUUAAAGAAGAAUGCGAGCGUCAGAGACAGAGGCAGGAAGAAAUCGAAGAUACGACCGCGAAGUUAAAUCGUAUGAAUGAUGUUCGAGAAAUGAUGAAGAGAUACGUAGGAGAAUAUAAAAAGUAUCAAAAUUAUUUAGAGAAAGUCGUUGCUGAAACCGGCGAAUUUAAUUCAAUUUCCGAGAUCUUUAAUCGUUACGAAACUUUAAUCGAAGCACGAACAAUUUUGUCGGAGCAUCAAGAUAAAAACCUUGAACUAUUAGAGGAGAGAGGGACGGAAAUACAUCAUAUGACAGAGGCAAAGUCACAGAGACUUAUGGCAUUGAAUAACAAAUUGGCGAAGCUGCAAGCACGACGUGACAAAGCAGAGGCGCAAGCUCGUAAAUGGGAGACAAUAGUGUCUGAGAUAAAAGUAACUACCGCGGAGAAGAAUUUGGAGCACACGCAGGUAAAAACGUGUUGCUGGAAUCUGUAUCAGCAUAUCUGCAAGAGAAAGGGUAUUCCAGCAACUGUGAGCAAAGAUGACGUCGAGCAACAGUUGGAUCACAUUAAACGAACCGUUCUUGAGUUAAAACGAAUCAUCAAAGUAGCAAAAAAACUCGCUACAAAAUAA